AUGUACAUGUCAAUGCAAGAAGCACAUCUAAACUUAAAGAGGUCACAGCAGUAUGGAGCAGCCUCAGUACCCAGUGCAGCCAACCCUAGUUGGGAGAUAGCCCGUAAGGCACUGGAAAAGCUUGGGGACAGUUCAGGGGAGGCUGGGUCUUCUGGCGAGGGCAGCGGGAAGGAAAGCAAAGGCUCACCAGAGAAGAAGGCAGUGGAUGUGGAGAACAGGAGUGGGAAGCAAUCAGAUUCUAAACCCCAGGAAGGACCAGAUUUCAUGAGUCAACAUCAGAUGAAUAUGUAUGGUAAUUAUUACGGUCCGCCGUAUGGAGGAAGAGGUGGAGGAGGAGGAAUGUACCCCUACUCUGGAUACGGCCAAGGUUAUGGCAUGCCACCACCCCAUAUGAGAGGAGGCCCAUACCAAGGCAUGCAUGGCUACCCUCCACCACCAGGGGGUAUGUAUCCACCGUACGGGCCCCGUCCACCAUUUGGUGAACACAGAGGACCAGGCUUCCCCCCUCAGCGCCCCAGAGGACCCAUGUCCCAGGGCCCAGCACCGCCACCACCUCCUCCUCCCAACCCACCCCAUUCACUGCUGGGCAAACCUGACCCUUCACCCCCACCCCCACUGCCAUCCCCCUCAUCCAAGGCCUCCUCAUCCACCAACCCAUCACACCAGUCUAAAUCACAACAGGUAAGUGGAGAGAGUGAUGGAGGUGGAGGAGGAGGAGGAAGAGGGGGAGAGAAGCAAGGCUUUCCAGAGACCAUGAAGUUCAGGCAGGAAGCUCAGCAGCUGCACACGGGCUCGCGAUGGAACAAAAAUCUCAACCAGCCUUCAGACACCCAGGGCAUACGCUUUAAUCUACCCAGCAAGCGCUCUGGUAUGCACCCCUCCCCGAUGGGCGAUACCCCCGGGAAUAGGGGACAAGAACAGCAGAACAACCAGUUUAACAAUAACAAAAAGAAAGGGGGAAAACAGGACAAUACAGGUGGCCAACAAACAAAGAAACCCGGUGCUGCGUAA